AAGCGUUCCGAUCCGCGUUCGGUCGGGUUGCGGGUUGUUCUUUGUGCGUCCUAGGGAAACCCGGCCAUCGCCAGAGUGUUGCGUGAAGUGCGUGUAGUGUAUUGUUCGAUUGGUGAUCGGAAAAUUCCAAAGCGGCUGAUGCAGAGUGCGGCCCCGCCGCUCUGAGGGCGCCAAAAUGAUAAGCGCAAUAGUUUCGCGUUUGGUGAUACUGCUGUUCGGUACGCUCUAUCCGGCCUACGCCUCGUACAAGGCGGUGCGGACCAAAAAUGUCAAGGAGUAUGUCAAAUGGAUGAUGUACUGGAUAGUGUUCGCCUUCUUCACGUGCAUCGAAACGUUCACCGACAUUCUGCUGUCCUGGUUCCCGUUCUACUAUGAGCUGAAGGUGAUCAUCGUCCUGUGGCUACUGUCGCCGGCCACCCGCGGAAGCUCGACGCUCUAUCGGAAGUUCGUGCACCCGAUGUUGACACGGCGCGAACAGGAAAUCGAUGACUACAUCAAUCAAGCCAAAGAGAAGGGCUACACCGCGGUGCUGCAGCUCGGUUCGAAGGGUGUCAACUACGCCACCAACGUUAUCAUGCAAACGGCCAUCAAGGCUUUCGGUGGUAAUUCCGACCCAUCGUCGGGGCAGAGCAUGAUGCGAAUAAGUCAAUCCGAUAACUCGCUACUAGUCACGGCUGCCGUUGUUCAGACUGCUGCUGCAAGUAUCGUCGGAAGAUCGGCCACCUCGUCCACCCGGGAUCGCCCUAAUGUGGUUGAUCAGCACGAUGGUGUGCCGACGGAGAUCUACGAGGGGCCGCAGUACGAGACGGCUGCGGCUACGCUGAGCCGCGUGCGACGAUCACAGUCCGUCGAUUCUGCCCUCAACCGAAGCGAAGGAGGAGGAAUACCACGAUCGGCCACUAGUCGUAGUGUAACACGGGCCGGAGGCGGCCAUCAGCAUUCUGUCAUUUACGAACUUGACACCGAAGAGGAGGAAGCCGAAAGGUUUCUGGCCGCCGAAACGGCAUUCUUGUUACAGGAGGAUAUUAGCAGCGGGACGGUUCCAUCACCACCGCGUGGACGUAGGGCAGCCGCUAGCAGGGCGGCUGCGACGAUAGCAGCGGCCGUCGAAGGAGAUGAUUCCGACGGGACCGAAAGUACAGCCUCACGGCGAUCGACUGCCUCCAAGACUUCUACCAAACGGACCUCCCAGUCGGCCACAGAACGGACCAAAAAGCGACACGAACCGACUGGCACCAGAGCGAGUGCGGCGUCAACAUCCACAAGGACGCGCAAGAAAGUGCGCAAGGACUCGGACUCGGAUAUGAUGGAUGUGGAGUAGAGCGCCGCAAACUCACCUCGUCCCCUCACGGCAGGGACCUACACAUUAGGGGGCGUAACGGUGGGAUCAAUGAUAACGCUCCACAAAGCAAACGUCAGAGGAAAAGCGCCCUCCUGAGACACGGGCCCUCUGCGUGAUAAAACAGCGAUAGGUUUAAAGGAAUCACCAACAAAGUUCAAACACGAUUUGCGAAUCGUUGCCAGGCCGUCAUCAUAAAUCCAACUCCUGUUGAUUGGUACACUUUGGGGUGCUUGUGUUCGUUUUAGAUUAAUCUGACUGAUAGCUGAAACGGAUUGGUCAUUUGUCAUCCAUUCAAGGGUCCCCAAACAGUGCGCGUGUGUUGUGUGGUUGUGUAAAUAACUUACUAAAUAAGUCUCGACCCGGAUCGGGACGGACGGAUCAUCAUUUUCCACCGCAAAGUUUGGCCCAAAAAGAAUCCACCCGGUUAAAAUGAUCCAUCCCUUCUCGGUUGUUGUUUCGUGUUCACGGUUCUUUCUCUUUUUCCAGCACGUGCCAAAUGAUCCGCUUCAGCUUAUAGCGCUCGCUAGCCUUCCGGCCGAUCAGCAGGAAUCGGUGCCGGAUCUAGAACAGUAGUUAUAGUCUAAAACUGAAAAGACAACAUCUGAAGCUCAGUAAAAGACACGACUGAUGAGUGGCUCUUGUUUUUACUAUAUUUUGAUGCUUUGAAUUUAUCAAGCCCGGUGGUGUUUUGUUUCAAUUUUUCAAUCUUUGUCCUUUAGUUAGAUUCGUCACAAAACGUGGUGCUCCCUUGUGACAAAUAGUUUACCCCCAAAAUGCCAAAUCCUCAUGACAACAUGCCGAUGUAUAGGGAGUUUGUAUGAACCUUUGGCGUAUACCGUCUAACUGAAGUUUGAGUAGUUGAUGAGUAGCACAAAGUAGGCUAAUGAUAGAAAUGAGAAUAGCAAACCGGUUCACUUUCACAGUGCACGGCCGCCACUUUAGGUCAAAAUUAUCUUUCAAAUAGUAACAAGAUUAGGAGUAGAUCGUGAAAAGGAUCAGAAACGUUUAGAAUAUUAAAUUUGAUUUACAAUU